CCACGAUGCCGCCCACCACGACACAGAAGCGAAGACGUACCGAGGAGGGAAUGAAAGGGAAGACGCCCAAGAAGAGAAAGAACAUCAAGCGCCAGAAGUUCUACCACAGUUCGAGUGAAGAUGAGGAAGAUGAAGGCGCUGCACGAGAUGCGCCGAGGAGAACUGAGCCCGUGAAGAAGGACCCGGUUGAGACAGGAGCUAAUGCACAAAAAUUGAAUGAGAAGCCUGUGAAAGCAACUUCAAAGUCAAAGCCAGAACUGAAAUCUGCGCUCAAAAAAACCACGACGCCGGCCAAAGCACGAGAUGAGGAUGCAGAAUCUGACGACGAUGAAUUCGAUGAGAGCGAAGACGAGGUAGAUGAUUAUGGUUUAGAAGGCGAUUCAGAAGAUUCGGACGGCUCAGAAGCUUCAUCGCUGUCGGAAACUUCUACCAACAAUCCCGCUCGCAAAACGCGGAAGCGCAAUGACCCCGAAGCGUUCGCAACAUCUAUUUCUAAGAUUCUCAAUACGAAAUUAACCACGCAAAAACGUGCGGAGCCGAUUCUUUCGCGAUCCAAAGACGCCACCGAAACCAACAAAACCCUUGCCGAUCAUCGUCUGACUCAAAAGGCUCGCCAUCAGGUGCUCGCAGAGAAGAAGGCUGCUCUCGAAAGGGGACAUGUAAAGGAUGUUCUCGGGUUGAAUGACCCAACCGUGAGCACAGAAGCAACGACAGCGAAGGAGAAGGAGCUACGGAGAACGGCGCAGAAGGGUGUAAUCAAACUCUUCAACGCUGUGAGAGCGGCACAAGUCAAGGGAGAGGCGGCCGAGCGGGAGGCGAGAGAGAAGGGAAUGGUCGGGCUCGGAAAGCGCGAGGAGAAGGUCAAGGAGAUGAGCAAGCAAGGCUUCCUAGACAUGAUAUCCGGAGGCGCAAAAGUGAAGGAAGGGAGCGUGGAAGCGUAG